GCCGAUAAGAAGAUAACAACACUAAAACUGUGCGCUCUUAUCUCUGCUUUGAACUGAAAUCAGCAUUUGCAAUGGCUUCUUCUACAGCUUUGUCUCUCUCAUGGAGCUCCUCUCCUUGUUGGUCACACAGCUUCAAUAGCGGUGCAAAUGAAACCCUAAAAGUAUCUGAGCGAAGGUUCAAAUUUGAAGUUGUUUCCCAGAAGAAAGCUAAGAAACUUCGCAAGGUAAUCUUGAAAGAGGACGUGACGGAUUUGGGUAAGCAAGGGCAAUUACUUGAUGUGAAAGCUGGAUUUUUCAGAAACUUCCUUUUGCCUACGGGAAAGGCUCAGCUUAUGACUCCACUUCUGCUUAAGGAAUUGAAAAUGGAAGAUGAACGGAUAGAGGCAGAGAAGCAAAGGGUGAAAGAAGAGGCGCAACAACUGGCACUGGUAUUUGAAACCGUUGGUGCUUUCAAGGUUAAACGCAAAGGCGGUAAAGGCAAACAGAUAUUUGGAUCUGUCACAGCACAAGACCUCGUCGACAUCAUCAAAGCGCAGCUCCAAAGAGACAUAGACAAACGCCUUGUCUCCCUCCCGGAAAUCCGUGAAACCGGAGAAUACAUAGCCGAACUCAAGCUCCACCCCGAUGUCACUGCUCGAGUUAGGAUAAACGUUUUCGCCAACUAACCCUUCAACGAUUCAAGACUCCUACUGCAUCCCAAGGAACAUACAGAGAGGGAAAAGAGAGUCGUCUCUUGAGGUUGCAGGAUAGUAUGUGAAGUUUUUUCUUGUAGAUCUUUGAUGCAUUUGUAUUUUUGCUUAUUUUUGAAUCUGGAAAUGUUCAAAAAAUAUAAUAUUUUCUUCAAGUUAUUAUAUUUUCUUUAAGUUAUAUUGUAUUCAUUUGUCUGUUGAAGUUAUUCAUUUGUCUGUUGAAGUGA